AUGUGUCAUCUUUUCCCAUUUUCACUCCCCGCCUGCACAGCAGCUGUCCUUCCAAUCACCCAGCAGGUUGUAGUUUCAGUUGUGAUGGCAGCAGCAGUCUUACCCUCCACCAGAGGACUGGCUACAGUCAGAACCUCCAAAAGCCUCGUCCUCAUCUUCUCUCUGCUCUGUCUGCUUCAUGUCGCAAGUUCACAGUUGGGGAUAGGGCUAGAACAAAUUCACCAAGGCCUCAGGACAAUGACAGAAGAACUAAAUAAACAGAAGGCAGAGGACGAGCAUCGUACUGCAACUCUCUCAAAACUACUUGAUCUGGCAGGUUCACUCGACACCAAGGAACAGCUGAAAACCUUCAGAGAAAACCUUCAGAGAGCAGCACAAUAUUCAAGACUACAGAAGGAAUUAAACAUGAUAGGAAUGCUCACUGACUCAGACCAAAUAAAUCAACAAAUGAACGACCUCUUUCUCAAAAUGGAAAUGCUCACUCACUAUCCAUCACUACAAGAACUGAGCGACAUCCUGGUGCCUUUAGUUGAGAAAUUACAAAAUUGGUUAUCCAGGAAGGAGGAAAUCGCUCAUGCAGAAACAGUUACUGAACUGGAAGAAAUAUAACUCCAAGAGGCUUGUCAAGCUAAACUAGUUGUAGCUUCCACCCAUGUGUCUUUGGAUCUGUUGUGUUAUGCUGAUUUGCUUUUUAUGUAAUAACCUUGGAAUCAUGAUAUCCUCAUCAUUGUAGCAUGUUUCUGAAUGACACACUGUGAAAUGGCAGGAUAAGUUAAAGUUAGCUGGGAAAUGUUUAUUUGUUGGUGUAUUUGCAACUUUUUAAAAAUGUAUGUAAUUGAUGUAUUUUUAUUUUUGAAGACAGUUCAUGUAGAAAUAUACACUUUGGAAUGACUGUUUUCACAGUUACUAGUUAAAAAGCAUGCAUUUCAUUUAUUCCUUUCCAUGUUACUCCUACAACUUUGUAGCUGUUGAUUCUUGAGCUGUUUGUAGUUCUGCUGAAUUGUAAUUUUCUUCUCCACUUUCAGCAUGUUUUUGAAUGACACAAUGAGAAGCUGCAAAAUUAACAUAAGGUGUGAUGAAACACAAAACAUGUUCCAAUCAAUACAGGGUUUUUGAAAUAAACGCAUUAGUUUAAACAUU